GGAGCUAAAGCGAAGGUGAGCCAUCUUCCCCCGGCAGACUGAUACGCUCUGAUCGACUCUGAUAGACCCUGGACGCCAGGAAUAGAGGAAAUUAUUUGGAAAUCCCGGUGUCGUUUGGAGGAAGAUUUUAAGACGACUGGACAGCCGAUGUUAUUGUGGAAGAAAAAUAUCUUGAGGACUUCUUUUUGCACCAGAACUAAAUGGUAUAUACCAGCUCUUUAUAAUAACUGUGAAGCUUGUUACUCAAAUACAAAGAACGAAAAACAGAGCCAGGAGCGGGGGUUAACAUCAAAAUAUGCUUGAGAUAAAAUCUAUGUAUAUGCAGAAGUAAUGUUGUUAUAAAGUCUAGCCGUCUGAAUCAGCAUGUAGACCUUCCAGUCCGACAGUUCUAAAGCAUCAGCAGUAAAUGUAAACAAACAGCUAUUCAGGCUAGCUGAAGUCAGUCGAUCUGGGGUUAGCUUUCAUGCUAGCAUAUAUAGCUACGUAAGGUAGUAGGACCGAGACAGUACGAAGGUGAAGUCAAUUUGACAAACCUGUCGUUCGGUUGAACAACAACAAAUGUCACCUCAGUAGAGUUAUCCGCAGCUAGUGUCACCAGUUUCAUUAUUUGUGCUUGUAUUAAUAUGCAGUAAUUAACAUAAUUAGCCUUCAAGCUAUCGUCGGCUAUUUGUAUUAGCAACCCUAACAUAUUAAGUUAAGAAGCAAGCUAAAUGUAUAACAGAUACUACUUAUAUCAAUACUAGUUGUUUAUAUGUUGAGCAGAGCUGUUACUUUUAGGAUUGUUUUAAUGCUACAACAGUCGGUUAGAUAUUCAGUGUUGUCCAGUUGAUUGGCUGAAAAGAGGAGGACGUCGUGAUGAAGGAAAACAACUUUAUGACUUCUUAAAGCUUUAGCUAGGCUAGGCGGUGUUAGCGAGAUUUCUGUUGGCUUUAACGUUCAGUUUGACACUCAGCAGACAUAUAGUUGGUGAAUUCAACUCGUCCGUUCCCUCAGUGGCAGCAAUAGUCGGGCGAUAGUGCAGUCACAUAGUCCUGAAAGAGGCCCUUCUGCUCUAAGUAAACAGCUGUAUCAGGAGCCACAACUCAGCCAGGCAGCAUGGAGUAAGUACACUGUUGUCUCGAAAUAUCAGAGGAUUAAGGUGAUCUAGUAAGAUUCCGUCACUACAUCACAGAAGGACAUAUGCGCAUACGUUUGUUCUUUUUAGUUUAGCGGAGUGUGUAUUUAAUUGUAUUAUGUAGCAGUGUUUUGAGGGCCCGGUGGUAAAGCUCUCAGCUGUGUUUUGCUUGCUAGUGGCCUCCCCUCCCCCAGCCUUCAGAGUCUGGAUUCUCCCCGAGUGUUUGGACACUUUUCACCGGGUCUCCCUUAGCGUUUUUUUUUUUUUUUUAUUAACAUAAGAAAGGCAGCUUGCUCGCAGUCCUCUGGACUCCGGAGCAGCUAAAAGUGGAUGUAAUGGAACUGAUGUUCGCCGAGUGGGAGGAUGGGGAGAGGUUCUCCUUCGAAGACUCGGACCGGUUCGAGGAAGACUCUCUGUGCUCCUUCAUCUCAGAGGCCGAGAGUCUCUGUCAGAACUGGAGAGGAUGGAGGAAGCAGUCGGCUGGACCCAACUCCCCCACUGUCAAGAUUAAAGAUGGUCAGGUGAUCCCUCUGGUGGAGUUGUCAGCCAAGCAGGUAGCGUUCCAUAUCCCUUUUGAGGUGGUAGAGAAGGUCUACCCUCCUGUCCCAGAGCAGCUGCAGCUCCGUAUCGCCUACUGGAGUUUCCCAGAGAAUGAGGAGGACAUCAGAUUGUAUUCCUGCCUGGCUAAUGGGAGUCCAGAUGAAUUCCAACGUGGAGAGCAGCUCUACCGGAUCAGAGCAGUCAAAGACCCGCUGCAGAUCGGCUUCCACCUCAGUGCUACAGUCGUAACCAGUCAGGCUGGUCAAUCUAAAGGAGCCUACAAUGUUGCGGUCAUGUUUGAUCGCUGCCGCAUCACUUCAUGCAGUUGCACCUGUGGCGCUGGGGCCAAGUGGUGUGCCCAUGUGGUGGCACUCUGCCUCUUCCGCAUCCACAAUGCUUCUGCAGUGUGUCUGAGGGCUCCUGUCUCUGAGUCCUUGUCCAGAUUGCAGAGGGACCAACUCCAAAAGUUUGCCCAGUACCUCAUCAGUGAGCUGCCACAGCAGAUCUUACCAACAGCCCAGCGACUGCUGGAUGAGCUGCUGUCCUCUCAGUCUACUGCCAUCAACACCGUAUGUGGAGCUCCAGACCCUACAGCAGGUCCAUCAGCUUCAGACCAGAGUACCUGGUAUCUGGAUGAAUCCACUCUGAGUGACAACAUCAAAAAGACAUUACACAAAUUCUGUGGGCCUUCACCUGUUGUCUUUAGUGAUGUAAAUUCCAUGUACCUGUCAUCCACGGAGCCGCCGGCUGCUGCUGAGUGGGCGUGUCUGCUGCGACCUCUGCGGGGUCGAGAACCAGAGGGCAUCUGGAACCUUCUGUCCAUCGUCCGAGAGAUGUUCAAGAGACGAGACAGCAAUGCUGCACCUCUGCUGGAGAUCCUCACUGAGCAGUGCCUGACCUACGAACAGAUCAUCAGCUGGUGGUACAGUGUUCGGACCUCGGCUUCACACAGCAGUGCCAGUGGCCACACCGGUCGCAGCAAUGGCCAAUCAGAAGUGGCAGCUCAUGCCUGUGCCAGCAUGUGUGAUGAGAUGGUGGUCCUGUGGAGGCUAGCGGUGCUGGACCCCACCAUGAGCCCAUGCAGGCGUUUGGAACUGGCUGGCCAGCUGAAGCAGUGGCACCUCAAAGUCAUUGAGAUUGUGAAACGGGGACAACACCGCAAAUCCUUAGACAAGCUGUUCCAGGGUUUCAAGCCUGCUGUAGAGUCAUGUUAUUUCAACUGGGAGGUGGCCUACCCACUGGAUGGUAUCACCUACUGCAGUACUGAUAAGAAGAGCGCCACCUUCUGCUGGUCCAGGGCAGUGCAACACCAGAGAGGAGCCAAAGCUACUGCAGGGGGAGGAGAACCUCUGGAACCAGGGGGAGGUGGGAGGCCUGAGUGUGGAGCUUCAGGAGAGUAUAAAGGACGAGGCAGUGGCCACUCGCCACAACAGGAGGUAGCAGUGCGACCCAAGGAGACCAUCCUGACUAAGAGGAAAGGUCUGUCGGUGAGCGGUGGGGGGGGCAUGCUGGUCCGACUGGGGGGGAGCGUGUCUCUGUCGCUGGAAGACGGAGGAGGAAAGUGUAUGUACAAAGGACCAGGCUCCUCAUCUGGUGGGAAACUGAAGCUGACGCAGGGAGGUGGAAAAGGGGCCGCUGUGGGGGGCCCAGGAGGGGGUACAAGUUUAGCAGCCAAUAAGCAUGCCAGCACCAAGCGCAGAACCAGCAGUGAAGACAGCUCUUUAGAACCAGACAUGGCUGAGCUCAGCCUGGAUGAUGGCUGCAGUCUGGCACUGGGGGCAGAGGCCAGCAACACCUUUGAGUUCCUCCCCCCACCCCCAGAGAUGCUGCCCUCCCCUAGCCCACUGCUCCGUGACUCACGCAAGUACAGCAGUGGUGGAGGUGGCAAAAUGUUUGACUCAAAGCGGGUUAGCCAUGCUUCAGCUGUACUUCCUGCUCCAGAGCCAGUCCCACCCUGCUUCCCUGCUAAAGAGACUGUGCUGGUUGUUAUGGACAUGCCCAGCACUGAAGAGAAAGAACCUGAACUGGAGGCAGAAACGAUCCAGAACAGAGACGAUGUGGAUUCAGCUGGGAGUACACAACCAUCCACCUCUAAUGCUCCAGCCAGACCAGGCACCUCUCCCUCCUCCACUAAGUCAUCCCGAGGCCACAGAGAGGCAGGGCCAGCAGGAAGUGAGCCGGCAACUGGUGGUGGGUCUGUGAACCAAGGAGGAGAGUCAGCAGGAGGCGCUGCAGGAGGGGAAGCUGUGGCUGUGGGUGAGGAUGACUAUCAGGCGUACUACCUGAGCGCCGCCUCAGAGGAGGGAGCAGACAGACAGCUGGUGGACAACCACCAGGAGGAGGAGCCAGACAUCUUUGCAGGAAUCAAACCUCUGGAGCAGGAGGGACGCAUGGAGGUGCUGUUUGCUUGUGCAGAGGCCCUCCAUGCCCAUGGCUACAGUAAUGAAGCCUGCAGGCUGGCAGUGGAACUGGCCAGAGACCUGUUAGCCAAUCCUCCAGACCUGAAAGUGGAGCAGCCACAAACCAAGGGUAAGAAGAGUAAGGUGUCAACAAGCCGGCAGACACAGGUAGCAACCAACACACUGUCCAAAGCUGCCUUUCUGCUCACGGUCCUCAGUGAGCGCCUGGAGCUCCACAACCUGGCCUUCAGCACAGGCAUGUUCUCCCUAGAACUGCAGAGACCGCCAGCAUCUACGAAAGCUCUGGAGGUGAAGCUUGCCUACCAGGAGUCCGAGGUGGUGGCUCUGUUGAAGAAGAUUCCUCUGGGCCUGGUGGAGAUGGCGGCCAUUAGAGAACGGGCUGAACAGCUCAGAGACGGCAACUUCUGUGAUUAUCGACCGGUGCUGCCGCUCAUGCUGGCCAGCUUCAUCUUUGAUGUACUGUGCACUCCAGUUGUAUCUCCAACGGGUUCCCGUCCACCAAGCCGCAACCGUAACAAUGAGAUGCCCGGUGAUGAGGAGCUGGGUUUUGAAGCUGCCGUUGCUGCUCUUGGUAUGAAGACCACAGUGAGCGAGGCAGAGCAUCCUCUGCUGUGUGAGGGAACAAGAAGGGUCAAAGGUGAUCUAGCUCUGGCUCUCAUGAUCACAUAUAAAGAUGACCAGAGCAAACUCAAGAAGAUUCUGGAUAAGCUGUUGGACAGGGAAAGUCAGACCCACAAGCCCCAGACUCUGAGCUCCUUCUACUCCAGCAAACCAGCAGCAGGUAGCCAGCGCAGCCCGUCCAAGCACACCACAGCUGGCCACGGAGGGGUGGGUGGACCCACUGGGGGACUCUCCAAACAUGGGCCUUCCUCAUCCUCCUCCUCUGCAGGCCCAGUAGCGGCCUCGUCCAACAGCUCAUCCUCUGCCGUGGCUCUGGCUGGUGAUGAGGUUGCCCAUCAGGCUGAGCUGAACCCGGUGCAGAACAGUUUAACAGGAGAGGGCACUGCUGAGACCAGAGAGCAUGUGUCCGAGGGACCAGCGUCAUCGAGUGAGCAGCAGAAUGAGGCAGCUCCGUUCAAGCUGGAGGCCACGGUGCCCAGUCGGCUGGCGCUGGGAGCACGCUGUGGAUACAGCCAGCGCUGCUGGGGUUCACCUGUACGCCAGAAGAAGAAGCACACUGGUAUGGCGAGUAUUGACAGCAGUGCUCCAGAAACAACGUCUGACAGCUCCCCGACCCUCAGCCGGAGGCCGCUCAGGGGUGGCUGGGCAGCAACAUCGUGGGGGCGGGGUCAGGACAGUGACAGCAUCAGCAGCUCAUCAUCUGACUCCCUGGGUUCCUCCUCUUCAAGCGGCUCUCGGAGGGCAGGGGGCGGGGCCAGGGCCAAGAGCACUGACACUAGCAGGUACAAAGGGCGUCGCCCAGAAUGCCACGCCCCACACGUGCCCAACCAGCCAUCAGAGGCAGCGGCUCAUUUUUACUUCGAGCUGGCCAAGACAGUGCUGAUUAAAGCUGGAGGGAACUCAUCCACUUCCAUUUUCACACAGCCCUCAGCCAGCGGGGGCCACCAAGGGCCCCACAGAAACCUGCACCUCUGUGCCUUUGAGAUUGGCUUGUAUGCUCUUGGCCUCCACAACUUUGUCUCACCCAAUUGGCUGUCCAGGACCUAUUCCUCUCAUGUGUCCUGGAUCACAGGCCAGGCCAUGGAGAUCGGCAGUGCUGCCCUUAACAUCCUGGUGGAAUGUUGGGACGGUCAUCUUACCCCUCCAGAGGUGGCGUCCCUAGCAGAUCGAGCGUCACGAGCCAGGGACCCCAACAUGGUUCGUGCUGCAGCAGAGCUGGCACUGAGCUGCCUGCCUCACGCUCACGCACUGAAUCCUAAUGAGAUCCAGAGAGCCCUGGUGCAGUGCAAAGAGCAGGACAACGUGAUGCUGGAGAAGGCCUGCAUGGCUGUAGAGGAGGCUGCAAAGGGUGGAGGAGUGUAUCCUGAGGUUCUGUUUGAGGUGGCUCAUCAGUGGUACUGGCUGUAUGAGCAGUCAGUGGGUGGAGGCUCAGGCCAGCAGCGUGAGACAUCUGGCCGCUGCGGGGCUAAUGGGGGCUCAGGCAGGCGGCCUCCAGAGUCCAACUGUGGUGUGCUGGACAGCGGGGCUAACAUGGAGGCUCCGGGCGUUGCCACCGUCACAGCCUCGGUGACUGCAGCAGCUGUGGUGCCUGUCAUCUCUGUGGGCUCCACCAUCUACCAGUCUCAUGCCAUGCCAGGCCAGGCCAUGGCCCACCCCCACAGCCAGGGCCUCCACCCCUAUACCACCAUUCAGGCCCACUUGCCCACUGUGUGCACACCACAGUACCUGGGACACCCACUGCAGCACGUCCCACGACCCACUGUCUUCCCAGUGACUGGCGCUGCAUAUCCACAGGGAAUGCACCCAGCCUUUAUCGGUGCCCAGUACCCUUUCUCUGUGGCCACUGGGCCCCCUCCCCCCAUGGCAGCCACAGCCGUCACUUUCCCUGGCGUCCCCGUCCCGUCCAUGACUCAGAUCGCCGUCCACCCCUACCACACAGAAACGGGCCUGCCGCUCAGCACCACUGUGGCAGUAGGCAGCGUCCACUCAGGCCCCACCAUCCAGGCCAUGCAGGGAGCCUCUCUGCCUCCCCUGUCGUCACAGCCCGCCCCAUUGGUCAGUACCCCAUUUCCUGCAGAAGACGAGCAGCACAGCCAGCCAAUCAGCCAACAGGGCCUGCACUACCUGCAUUCUGCCUACAGAGUUGGCAUGCUGGCGCUGGAGAUGCUGGGAAGAAGGGCUCACAAUGACCAUCCAAACAACUUUUCCAGGAGCCCACCAUACACUGAGGAUGUCAAGUGGCUGCUGGGACUGGCUGCGCGGCUAGGAGUUAACUAUGUGUACCAGUUCUGUGUGGGAGCAGCCAAAGGUGUCCUCAGUCCAUUUGUCCUGCAGGAGAUCAUCAUGGAAGCUCUGCAGAGACUGAACCCCGCCCACAUUCACGCCCACCUUCGAACGCCUGCGUUCCACCAGCUUGUCCAGCGCUGCCAACAGGCCUACCUGCAGUACAUCCACCACAGGCUCAUCCACCUGACGCCCGCUGACUAUGACGACUUCGUCAACAUUAUCCGUAGCGCGCGGGGCGCAUUCUGCCUCACGCCCGUUGGCAUGAUGCAGUUCAAUGAUGUCCUGCAGAACCUAAAGAGAGGCAAGCAGACCAAGGAGCUGUGGCAACGCAUCUCACUGGAGAUGGCGACCUUUUCCCCUUGAGCGCCUGGACCUGGACCUGGGCCCGCACCAGGGCCUGAAGCAGGGCUUCUGCUUGCACUGAGCCGGCCAUGCUGUGGUUCUGUGAGGACCCUGGAAACGGCAUAAAGGCAGUACAAUCAGCUCCUGAACUCCCCGACCCACAGAGACUGAUUUGUGUGUAUGUCUGCCAGAGCUCAGAGGAGGACCAGGUCAGACCAGGUCAGCCCCCUCCUCUCCUCUGGUUCCGACUGUCCUUUCACCCCAGUUUUAUCAUGUUUGUGCAACAUGUAAUUAAAGUAUACUCUUUGGUUUGUUCAUGUAACUCAUGUGUUCCAUUUGCCCUGGACUAAAGACGCCAACGGGGCUCUCCACCUCCAUCCACAUUCAUUUUCAAUGUUCUCUAAUUUUUUUCAGUUCAGCUCUUUGUGUUGAAUGAAACCACUGAGUGAGACUUUGCUGCAACAUUCCUGUCCACAGUGGUAGGUGCUGUGAGGCCUCGUUCACCAAAAACUUGUCACUAUGGAUCAGAAUUUUUGCAGUGUGGGAGAAAAGGAAAGAAAAAAAAAACAUGAAAGUUUAACAUGAAAAAAAUCUAUUGUCUGUACGGGUGAGGAUUUUUCAGUAUUUUGUUUAAUCUUUUUUGAUACUUUGUAUAGAAUAUGACAUGUAUGCAGAGAGGAACAGGAAGAGGAUGAGAGUGGGUUAAAGGUGCUGUUGUUGUGUCGGA